GUGGCCGCUAGCAUGCAGAAGCCAAGACGAGCUCCGCCUCGAUUCCGCAUGUUUACGUAACAAGAGUCGGUAACGGUGUCUUCGUUAAAGACACACCGAACACAGAGACUAUUUUCCGGCUUCUUUCCCCCCGCCGCCAUCGUCCUUAUGUCGUGUUCCGAGACAAGCCAGCGUCCUCCGUGACGAUGACGCCGCGUCGCGUCCUCUUCCCCCUCCUUCGUGUCCGCAUCUCCUCGGCUCUCCUCCGGCAUCUUCGUCCCGGGCCUGGCCGCCCACUGAUGCUGUGAUCCGGGGCAAGAGAGGCAGCAUGGUGCGCAUCGCCAGCGCGCUGGGGCUCAUCAUGUUCAGCGUGGCGCUGCUCAUCCUGUCCUUCAUCAGCUACGUGUCCAUUAAGAAGGACUUCCUUCUCGGAACCCCCCGAUACGGACCGAACGGGGGACCCAGGAUGUACAUGUUCCACGCCGGGUAUCGUGAAAGGCCGCCUCGCAAACCUGACCUGAGCUCCCAGCUGGCACUCAAGCAUCUGGAUCCAGCUUUCACUCUUAGCGAGGACCUGCAGAACUCCUCUAAAUGGAGGUAUAACAGCACAGCUUUCAUCCAACAGAGGAAGGAGAUCUCUCAGUACAUCGACAUUCCUCACAACUUCUCCCUGACACACAACUCAGUCCGCGUCGGCCAGCUGAUGCACUACGACUACUCCAGCCACAAAUACGUCUACGCCAUCGGCGAGAACUUCCGCUCUCUCCUCCCGGAGGUUUCGCCCGUUCUCAACAAGCGCUACAACGUCUGCGCGAUCGUGGGCAACAGCGGCAUCCUCACCGGCUCGCGGUGCGGCGCCCAGAUUGAGAAGUUCGACUUUGUCUUCCGCUGCAACUUUGCCCCCACAGAGCUAUUUAAGAGGGAUGUCGGACGGCGCACCAACAUGACAACUUUUAACCCCAGUAUCUUAGAAAAAUACUACAACAACUUAUUGACGGUGCAGGACAGGAAUAACUUCUUCCUGAGCUUGAAGAAGCUGGACGGCGCCAUUCUGUGGAUCCCGGCGUUCUUCUUCCACACAUCAGCCACCGUGACCAGGACACUGGUGGACUUCUUCGUGGAACAUCGGGGUCAGCUGAAGGUCCAGCUGGCCUGGCCUGGAAACAUCAUGCAGCACAUAAACAACUACUGGAAAACCAAACAACUGUCGCCAAAGCGCCUGAGCACCGGGAUCCUGAUGUACACGCUGGCGUCUUCGGUCUGCGACCAGAUCCACCUGUACGGCUUCUGGCCCUUCGGAUGGGACCCCAACACGGGGAGGGAGCUGCCGUACCACUACUACGACAAGAAGGGCACCAAGUUCACCACCAAAUGGCAGGAGGCGCAUCAGCUCCCCGCCGAGUUCAAACUCCUCUAUAAGAUGCACACCGAGGGACUGCUGAAGCUCAGCCUCUCCCACUGCGCUUAGACGUGAGACCGCGGGAGCGGCUGGACUAUUUCGCUUGCGAUCUUCCAUGGGGGUAGGGUCACUAAUACGUGUGCUUUUCACAACAGUGUGAUCUUGGCGGUACAGUUUACUGUUUUAGCACAAGAUUGCUGUUUCGGAAAGCUAUCAAGCUGUGUCAGUCAGUCCAGGCACACAAGGACCGCAGCUCUUCAGCAAACCAGGUAUGUUGCCUGAUGGUGUCUUAAUGUUGACACGACAACCUAACCUAAAAACUAGAGUGCAUGGUCUUUUUGUUCAAAUGUUGGACCUAAAGGGCCAUUCCACCCAAUAUUGCUUGUUGCAACUCGCUCAAAAUGAACUUACCGUAUUUUUCGCAUUAAAGGCCUACUGAAAUGAUUUUUAUUUAUUUAAACGGGGAUAGCAGAUCCAUUCUAUGUGUCAUACUUGAUCAUUUUGCGAUAUUGCCAUAUUUUUGCUGAAAGGAUUUAGUAGAGAACAACGACGAUAAAGAUCGCAACUUUUGUUCGCUGAUAAAAAAAAAGCCUUGCCUGUACCGGAAGUAGCGUGACGUCACCGGAGGAAGGACUCCUCACAUUUUCCCAUUGUUUACAAUGCAGCGAGAGAGAUUCGGACCGAGAAAGCAACGAUUACCCCAUUAAUUUGAGCGAGGAUGAAAGAUUCGUGGAUGAGGAAAGUGAGAGUGAAGGACUAGAGUGCAGUGCAGGACGUAUCUUUUUUCGCUCUGACCGUAACUUAGGUACAAGCUGGCUCAUUGGAUUCCACACUUUCUCCUUUUUCUAUUGUGGAUCACGGAUUUGUAUUUUAAACCACCCCGGAUACUAUAUCCUCUUGAAAAUGAAAGUCGAGAAAGCGAAAUGGACAUUCACAGUGACUUUUAUUUCCACGACAAUACAUCGGCGAAGCUCUUUAGCUACUGAGCUAACGUGAUAGCAUCGGGCUCAAAUGCAGAUAGAAACAAAAUAAAUAAACCCCUGACUGGAAGGAUAGACAGAAGAUCAACAAUACUAUUAAACCAUGGACAUGUAACUACACGGUUAAUAAUUCCCAGCUUGGCAAAGCUUAACAAUGCUGUUGCUAACGACGCCAUUGAAGCUAACUUAGCAACGGGACCUCACAGAGCUAUGAUAAAAAACAUUAGCGCUCCACGUACGCCAGCCAGCCCUCAUCUGCUCAUCAACACCUGUGCUCACCUGCGUUCUAGCGAUCGACGGAAGGACGAAGGACUUCACCCGAUCAUCCGUGCGGUCGGCGGCUAGCGUCGGCUAGCGCGUCUGCUAUCCAAGUCAAAGUCCUCCUGGUUGUGUUGCUGCAGCCAGCCGCUAAUACACCGAUCCCACCUACAACUUUCUUCUUUGCAGUCUUCAUUGUUCCUUAAACAAAUUGCAAAAGAUUCACCAACACAGAUGUCCAGAAUACUGUGGAAUUUUGAGAUGAAAACAGAGCUUUUUUGUAUUGGAUUCAAUGGGGUACCAAUACUUCCGUUUCAACGAUUGACGUCACGCGCAUACGUCAUCAUACAUAGACGUUUUCAACCGGAAGUUUAGCGGGAAAUUUAAAAUUGCACUUUAUAAGUUAACCCGGCCGUAUUGGCAUGUGUUGCAAUGUUAAGAUUUCAUCAUUGAUAUAUAAACUAUCAGACUGUGUGGUCGGUAGUAGUGGGUUUCAGUAGGCCUUUAAAGGGGUCAUAUUAUGAUUGUUUUCUAAAUUUCAAACAUUUCCUUGUGGUCUACAUCCGUGUUUUUCAACCUUUUUUGAGCCAAGGCACAUUUUUUUGCGUUGAAAAAAAACACCAGCAGAAAUCAUUAAACAACAAAACUCAGUUGACAGUAAAAAGUCGUCGUCGCAAUUGUUGGAUAUGACUUUAAACCAUAACCAACCAUGCAUGACAUUGUUGAUUGUCAUGUCAUGUUCGGAUGUACAUUGUGGACGCCAUCUUUGCUCCACAGUAAGUCUUUGCUGUCGUCCAGCAUUCUGUUUUUGUUUACUUUGUGGCCAGUUCAGUUUUAGUUUCGUUCUGCAUAGCCUUCCCUAAGCUUCAAUGCCUUUUCGUAGGGGCACUCACCUUUUGUUUAUUUUUGGUUUAAGCAUUAGACACCUUUUUACCUGCGCACUCCUCCCGCUGUUUCUGACAUCAACAAAGCAAUUAGCUACCUGCUGCCACCUACUGAUAUGGAAGAGUAUUACACGGCUACUCUGCCGAGCGCUAGACUUCACCGACACUCAACAACAACACAUCAUUUGCAGACUAUAAUUACUGGAUUGCAAAAUAUAUAUUUUAACCCAUAUAGGUGAAAUUUGAUAGUCUCCCACGGCACACCAGAUUGUAUCCCACGGCACACUAGUGGUUGAAAAACACUGGUCUACAUAACAUGUAAUGGUGGUUCUUUGGUGAAAGUGUUGCAUAGAUGAUGUUUUACAGAUCAUCUUCAAGUCGCUUUCUGAGCGUCUCUUCAGGAUGCGCCGUUUUGUGGGGGGUCUUACCUACGUGGCUCACCUUCGACAGCGUCUUUUCUCCGUCAUCUUUGUUGUAGCGGUGUAGCGUGCAAGGACGGGAGUGGAAGAAGCGUCAAAAGAUGGAGCUAACUGUUUUAACGACAUUCAGACUUUACUUCAAUCAAUAACGGAGCAGCAUCUUCUCAUCCGUGGCUCAAUAGUGCAACAACAACGCAGGAAAUGUGUCCCGUGAAAAACCGUCCGACCGGAACCCUCUAGUAACUAAAGUUAGAAUUAGAAUUACGUAAACUCACUACAGUUUUUAGCGCCUUGAUAGCUAGUCUACUGACAGAUAUAAGUAAGAACUUUACGCUACUUUAUAUUAGAAAUGGCAAUGCGAUUAAGCACAAAAUAAUCAUUGCAUUAGUCAUGUAUAAAUACAGAUUAAUUAUAAGAAUUAUGGUGGCUACCUGAAAGGUGUGCGGUGUUACACAGCCAGUGAUCGGAUCAAUGCAAAGAUCAUUGAGGCCAAUUUUGCUUUAAAAUAAAUUCAGACUGUGCUUUAGUUAAUACUGUUACCAGGUUUUAAGCAAAACAUGAUGUCCAUUGAAGUAAAACAUGUUUUAAAAUGUUCAUGUACGACAUUCUGACAAUAAAAUCAAUUUGUGUCAAACUAUCCGGGCCUUAUUUUUAAAUUAUUCUAAAUUAUGUUAGAAAGCAAUUUACUCUGAUGUAUCAUUAUUAAUCAAAAAUCACA